AUGAAGUACAUUCUCGGUGCCGUGGCUGCGUUUGCUACCGCUUCACUGGCUGCUCCAGCUCUUGAGGUCGCACCUCGUCAGGCUUCUGGCUGUGCUUCUCCGGUCACUCUCACUGGCAAUCCAUUUGCGUCAAAGACACUGCAUCCAAACAACUUCUACCGCGCAGAAGUCACCGCUGCCGCAGCUGCAAUUAGUGAUGCAAGUCUGAAGGCUUCUGCCCUGAAGGUUGCCAACGUAGGAUCCUUUCUGUGGAUCGACACCAUUGCGAAUAUUGCCAGGAUCGAGCCAGCGCUCAAAGACGUGCCAUGCAACAACAUCUUGGGUCUUGUCAUCUACGAUCUGCCAGGACGUGAUUGUGCUGCCAAGGCCUCCAAUGGAGAGCUCCCAGUGGGAUCAAUCAACCGUUAUAAGACCGAAUACAUUGACCCCAUUGUCAAGCUGAUCAAGGCACACCCCAAUACCGCCUUCGCCCUCGUCAUCGAGCCCGACUCGCUUCCUAACCUGGUAACCAACGCCAACCUUGCUACCUGUCAGAGCUCUGCCUCUGGCUAUCGUGAGGGCGUUGCCUAUGCCUUGAAGAAUUUGAACCUCCCGAACGUCAUCAUGUACCUCGACGCCGGACAUGGCGGCUGGCUCGGCUGGGACGCAAACCUAACUCCAGGCGCACAAGAACUCGCAUCGGCAUGGAAGAACGCCGGCUCACCCGCCCAACUCCGUGGCGUCUCCUCCAACGUCGCCGGAUGGAACGCAUGGAUCAAAACCCCCGGCGAAUUCGAAAACACGCCAGACGGGAAGUACAACAAGGCGCAAGACGAGAAGCGCUACGUGCAGUACUUUGGUGCGGCACUGGCAGCGGCCGGGAUGCCGAACAAGUUCAUCGUCGACACGGGCCGCAACGCCGUGCAGGGCCUGCGUCUGGAGUGGGGUGACUGGUGCAAUGUCAACGGCGCGGGCUUCGGGGUGCGGCCGACGAGCAACACGGGCGAUGCUGGCGUGGAUGCGUUCGUGUGGGUGAAGCCGGGUGGUGAGAGUGAUGGCACGAGCGAUACGAGCGCGGUCAGGUAUGAUUCGUUCUGUGGCAAGAAUGAUGCGUACAAGCCGGCGCCUGAGGCUGGCACGUGGAAUCAAGCUUACUUUGAGAUGUUGCUCCGGAAUGCGAAGCCGGCGUUUUGAGGAUGGGGAGGACGGGGAGGAU